AGUGUUCUCCCGGAAGCAGAAGAGCUGUUGGGAUAAUUCAAUUCAAUGGGUGGAAUAGCUAGUCUACGCCGCGGGGCUUCUGCUCCUGCUCCCCCUAUAUUGUUGUUGUUUUUCACACUACAAGUUUCCGGGUAGUGUUAGCUUGCACAACAAAUCCUUUUCGAUUCGACAGACUGGGGAAUGAAAUAUUAUAAAGAUGAGAUUGUGAGUAAGCAAGUAUGCCAACGCGCCUUGAAUUCAGCGGAGCUUCUCCCCCCUUUCCUGACCUAUAUUCUUCCUCUACUCUUACCAUUUCUACAGAUUCGGGAGAAAAAAUUGAAAGGGAUCAUAGUCAGAGGGUGGUGAUAGGGGUAGCUGUGGGAGGAAGCGUCACAGCAGCCAUAGCUUUCAUACUGAUUUUCCUGCUCCUUCUCAGGAGAUUGAAGGGAAUUAGGACAGGGAAUUCCAGUCCGGUGGAGAAAGAAGCGGCUUCUGUUCAUCUGCGGAAGUUCUCUUACCGCGACCUCAGGGUUGCAACCAGGUCUUUUGAUGAUGGUCAGAAGCUCGGGCAGGGCGGCUUUGGGGCCGUUUACAGAGGUCAACUUGGACAUGGUGGGCAAGAAAUUGCAGUAAAGGUUCUGGAUUCUACUUCUUUGCAGGGCGAACGGGAAUUUUACAAUGAGGUUUCUGUCAUCGGCAAGGUCAGUAAAUCUCCUCACAUUGUAGGACUCCUGGGAUACUGCUGUGAUACCAAGAGAGGGCACAGGCUUCUUGUCUAUGAGUUUAUGCAGAAUAGGAGCCUUCAGGAUGCUCUGUUUGAUAGUUCAUAUCCAGUUCGGCUUUCCUGGGGUUACAGGUUCAAGAUUAUGAUGGAUACGGCCAAGGCCUUGGCUUUCUUGCACACUGACUGCGAUCCGCCCAUCAUUCAUGGCGAUAUAAAGCCUAGUAAUAUUUUGCUUGACGGGAGCUUUUCUGCCAGGAUUGCGGAUUUUGGCCUCGCCAGAUUUAAGAGUGAUGUUGAUGUCGUGGCGGAGGAUUUGGAUGUGCAGGGGCAGGCCAGAUCGGAUGCCGGGCACAGGAAAAGAAGGGAAAAGCUGAAAGAAAAGCGGGCCGUCAAGGAGGAAAGCGUAAUUACUGUAGAAGAUGACACAAAGCUGAAUACCGACGCUUCGGUAAAUUUGCAUUCGCCGGAGACGUUUGCGUCCAAUUCUGUGACGGAAGAUAAUCCGAUUUUCCUAUCCAGCAAUUCUGCUUCACCUGAGGGUUUGCAGUAUGAGACGGACGCUGUAACGGAGAAUUUGGAUGAAAGAACACCGUCUGAGAUGGUUGAUUUGGAGAAGAAUAACGGUGCGAGUAUGGCAGAGGUUAGUAACUGUAAAGAUCCAAGUGCGGACUGCAAGAGCGUGGAUUUCUCAAGGGAUGAAGAGGAUAAGGGGAGCCUUUCCGAGGGUUUUGAUAAGGCAAGCGUGGACAGCGGCAGGCCUGGUGCGCGCAGGAAGAAGGAUUGGUGGAAGAGGCCGGAAAGCAUGAGUGGGGAAUUCAGUGUCAAGGACUAUGUUAUGGAUUGGAUCGGGACGGAGGUCAAGAAGGAGAAGCCAAAGAUUACCUGGGGGACAGCGGAGGAACGGGACUCGAACCUGGGAUCUUCCAGAAGAACAGAGAAAAAGAAACAGAGAAGAAAAGAUAGCCUCGAAUGGUGGACAACGCUGGAAGAAAAGGAGAAAAAGGAGAAAUCCAAGGGCAGCCGACAGAGCAGGGAGUGGUGGAGGGAGGAAUACUGCGAGGAAUUGAGCAAAAAGAAGAGCAAAAAUAUCAGAGAAUGGUGGGAGCAGGACAUGGAAGAGGAGAACAAAUUUGCCAAAUAUCGCAGUAAAAGCACAGGCAGAAGCAGAGAUUGGUUAAGCAGAGACUGGUUCAGAGAAGACCAGAGCCAACAAGCGCAGCGCCACCAUGACGGCGAUUGGGGGAGCUGCGUGAGCGUGAGCAGCACGCCAAGCACAAGGGGGACCUUGUGCUAUGUGGCGCCUGAGUAUGGCGGCGGCGGCAUUCUUUCUGAGAAGAGUGAUGUUUACAGCUUUGCAGUGGUGAUGCUGGUGAUAAUUUCAGGGCGGAGGCCUCUGCAGGUCAUGGGGUCGCCUGUAAUGGAGCUGGAGAGGGCUAAUUUGAUAUCAUGGGCGAAGCACCUAACGCGCUCCGGGGCCAACAUGCUUGAUCUCGUAGACGCCUCGCUAGGAGGCGAAUUUGACAAGGAACAGGCGCUUCUCUGCAUAAUGGUGGCUCUACUCUGUCUCCAGAGAGUGCCUGCCGCCAGACCAUCCAUGACCGACGUGGUGAAAAUUUUAUCAGGGGAAAUGGAGCUUCCGCCGCUGCCGGUCGAAUUUUCGCCUUCACCGCCAUACGGACUUCCGUUCAGGUCGCGGAGGAAGUUGCCCAGGGCAUCUUCCACUCGUCGCCAUCUGCCGACCUGACCUCGCAGUGUUCAAAAGUUUUUAAAUUUUUUUUAAAUUAAUUUUGGAGAUUCUACCUGAAGAGAUCAUUUGGCUCGAAUCGAAAAUGGUUUCUGUGAGUUUUUGAAUUCUGCCCCCAAAGGUAGACGUGUACUAUAAAAUGCAUAGCUGGAUGCUCUGUUGGCGUUUUGAUGAAGUUUUUUCUGUACGCCUGGAUCGGUCAGGCAAGCAAUUAAUACUAUGUACAGUAGUGUGUUAUUUACCAGUAAAAUCGAAAACGAAUUUUUCUGUAGUCUUUAUCUAUUGUAAGAGAGUUUGAGCUUCAAAUUGGGUGGUAUUUUCACUCUUGUGAACUGUAACUGUAAUGUAUCUGGAUUUUUGGAUGACCUAUAUCGCUGAUUUGCAUAUAA